AUGUACUUGAAAAGUAUUUGUCUGUGCUUGAUUCUCAUGUUCGGGGCUUGGUCUUCUGAGGCCACUUCUCGGAAUGUUCAAGAUGCAUCUAUGUAUGAGAGAUACGAGCAAUGGAUGGCUCGUUAUGGACGCCAAUAUAGCAACAUGAACGAGAAGGAGACUCGCUUCAAUAUAUUCAAGAAAAAUGUGGCGUUUAUUGAAUCUUCCAAUAACAAUGCAGACAAACCAUACAAAUUGAGCGUCAAUCAGUUUGCAGACCUCACGGCUGAAGAGUUCAAAUCCCAAAGGACUGGAUUCAAGGGUCCUGGGGAUCUACCACCGCUGACGACUACUUUCAAGUAUGAGAAUGUUAGUGUAGUGCCAUCUUCACUAGACUGGAGAACCAAAGGAGCUGUGAUGCCUGUCAAGGACCAAGGAGAAUGUGGAAGCUGUUGGGCUUUCGCAACAGUGGGAGCCUUGGAAGGAGCAAUUCAGCUUGCUACUGGUAAACUAAUCUCUAUGUCUGAGCAAGAGUUGGUUGACUGUAAUGUGGGAGGUGAGAAUGAAGGAUGUAAUGGUGGCUAUCCCGACGUUGCCUUUCUCUACAUCAUAGAAAAGCACGGGCUUACAAACGAGGCUAACUAUCCCUACACUGCAUCUGAUAAUGUGUGCAAUGCUACAGAGGUAGACACACCUUCAGGUAGCAUAACCGCCUACGAAGAUGUGCCUGUAAACAGUGAACUGGACCUUCUCAAGGCUGUUGCUAAUCAACCAGUAUCUGUUUGCAUCCAGGCUUCUGGAGCAUUCAUGUCCUAUUCUUCUGGUGUGUUGACAGGACCUUGUGGAACGGACCUCGAUCAUUGUGUCACCGCUGUUGGUUAUGGAACAAGUGAUGAUGGGAUCGAUUAUUGGUUGCUGAAAAAUUCAUGGGGCACAGAAUGGGGUGAAGAAGGCUACGCUAGGAUUCAAAGAAAUAUAGAGGCAGUGGAAGGAAUGUGUGGCAUUGCUACGUCAGCCUCUUACGCUAUUGUGUAG